AUGUCUUUAAAAGCUUUCGAGGAUGCGUGUAUACGGGCAGAAUUAUUUGGCCAGCCAAAACCAAAUAAAGAAGACUUUUUGGAAAAAAAUAAACACUUAGACGUCACUGAAUUUGAAGAAGUGGAAAUAAAAACAGCCGAGAAUAUGGCUAUGUUGGAUGAUCAAGUAAAAGAUGCCAGCGGUGGACUUGCUGAAUUGAACACAAUAUUAAAUUCUACUCAAAGUAAAUUAAACAGAAUAAAGGGAGUCUGUGGCAGCCUUACAAACUUCUUUCGUAUAAAAUUAAAUGCGAAAGACAACCUGUCAUAUUCCACCGAACCUAGUUAUAUUGGCCAAACCAAUUAUGAUAAAGAUUAUAUACCACCGAAGAAAUCCAACAAUUUGUCUUCAAUAAACGAAGGUCUUGGGCCGGACGAAAACGAGAUGUUUAUGCGUGGAAAUCAAAAUGGCGGCGCUAGUAGUUCAAGACAAGAUGGCGGCGGCAUCACGGCGGCUUUGAAUGAUUUAGAAGAGAUGGAAAUCAAUGAGAAUACCUCGAUGAUAAGCAAAGCUGCUCUGAAAGAUGUAGGAAAGCAGAUGACGUCACAAAUAAUGAAAAUGUCUUUAAAAGCUUUCGAGGAUGCGUGUAUACGGGCAGAAUUAUUUGGCCAGCCAAAACCAAAUAAAGAAGACUUUUUGGAAAAAAAUAAACACUUAGACGUCACUGAAUUUGAAGAAGUGGAAAUAAAAACAGCCGAGAAUAUGGCUAUGUUGGAUGAUCAAGUAAAAGAUGCCAGCGGUGGACUUGCUGAAUUGAACACAAUAUUAAAUUCUACUCAAAGUAAAUUAAACAGAAUAAAGGGAGUCUGUGGCAGCCUUACAAACUUCUUUCGUAUAAAAUUAAAUGCGAAAGACAACCUGUCAUAUUCCACCGAACCUAGUUAUAUUGGCCAAACCAAUUAUGAUAAAGAUUAUAUACCACCGAAGAAAUCCAACAAUUUGUCUUCAAUAAACGAAGGUCUUGGGCCGGACGAAAACGAGAUGUUUAUGCGUGGAAAUCAAAAUGGCGGCGCUAGUAGUUCAAGACAAGAUGGCGGCGGCAUCACGGCGGCUUUGAAUGAUUUAGAAGAGAUGGAAAUCAAUGAGAAUACCUCGAUGAUAAGCAAAGCUGCUCUGAAAGAUGUAGGAAAGCAGAUGACGUCACAAAUAAGCAAGUUGGACCUAAUGAUUGGUCAGGCCGAUAGGGCGCAAUCGUCGCUUCAUUCUCAAAACAAACAAAUGAGAUCUUUUCUCAAAUAAUCGUUAGUUUCCCGUGUAAUAAUUUGCUCAAGAGUUGAGGCUGUGCAUCGUUUAAUAUUGCUUCAUUGUGUGGCGCAAAAUGUUUAUAAAUAUAUA